AUGUUGGUGGAUUUGUCCAUCGCACAAGACGUGGAGGCUGGGGAUGGAACGACGUCUGUCGUCAUUCUUGCGGGCAGUUUGCUCGGCGCUGCGCAUGAGAUGCUUCUCAAAGGCAUCCAUCCUACCUUGAUCUCGGAAUCGUUUUUGAAGGCGUCUGCAAAGGCCGUGGAUUAUCUCUCUGAAAUGUCGACACCAGUACGACUACAAGAUCGUGCCAAUCUACUCAAAGCGACGAUCACGUCUCAGGAUUCCAAGAUCAUCUCCACGUACUCGGAACACUCUCGCACCUAUCGCGGUCGAUGCCGUAUUACGCUUGGAGGCACCAUCGAUGACACCAAAAUCAUCGACAACGGUUUAGUCUUUCACCAGAAUAUCUUCACACAGUACGGGGGACCAACAAGAGUUGAAUCUGCGAAGAUUGGUCUAAUCCAGUUUCACCUGAGCCAUCCGAAACCUGACAUGGACAAUACCGUAGUCAUCACUAACUAUCUUCAAAUGGAUAAGAUCAACAAGGAAAAUCGUCGCUACGUGCUCGCGCUGUGCACCAAAAUUCGGAAGGCUGGGUGCAAUGUACUCCUCAUUCAGAAGUCAAUUUUGCGCGAUGCAGACAUUGAACGCGACGAGAUAGAAUUUCUCAGCAAGACUUUGGGAUGUACGCCUGUCUCCGAUAUCGAGGCGUUCUCGGGGGACAAACUAGGACGAGCUGAGCUUGUGGAGGAGGUAAACGAGCUUGGUUCAAACGAUGUUGUAGUGGACGAGGUCGAAAGGAGUUUGCACGAUGCGCUGUGCGUCAUGAGGUGUCUUGUCAAGAAGCGAGCUCUCAUUCCUGGGGGUGGGGCGCCAGAAGUCCAUGUUUCACAGCUGCUUAGAUCAUAUGCGAGAUCGCUAAAAGGAGUCGAGUCUUACUGCUUUCAGGCAUAUGCAGAAGCUCUGGAGGUUAUUCCCCUCACACUUGCAGAAAAUGCUGGCUUGAACGCUAUCACUAUCUUGACGGAACUUCGCAAUCGGCAUGCGCUUGGUGAGAAAAAUGCGGGCAUAGAUAUGAGAACAGGUUUGGUAUCCAACGUCAUCAAUGAGAGCGUCGUCCAGCCGCUGUUGGUCUCGACAUGCGCGUUCGAACUCGCAACGGAGACCGUGUGUCUUCUGAUGAAGAUUGACGAUUACGUGCAGACGCGGUAG